AUAAGAUGCCCUUCUUGGCUAACUCACCCUUGUAUCUUUUCUCGGCAGUUGCUUUUUCUUGGAGUCUUCCCUACUAAAUCUCACCUUAUACACCCAUAAUUUGCAUUUGCCGAUCCUUAUUUAAUCUAGUUGCCUUUCCAGUUCCCAUCCAUUUCUGACAUCCAAAAAAUGCACAAACCCAAAGUGCUUUCCUACUCUAUCCUUCCUUGGUGGGCGAUAGAUUGCAAGGACCCUGCUGUACUUCUUGAAGGUUCCCCACAUUUCUGCAUGGCUCAAAUCCUCAGGAAAAUUGGUGAGGAAGUAAGCCACUGCCUGAUUGUAUGUGCUCUUGUCAUAUCCCCAAGGAACAAAAUCCCUCUGGCUCUUCCUUCUUGCCUCCAGAUCAUACUGUCGUUCAACUGAUCUUUGUCUGUCAACAAACUCCCAACUCUGUGCUGUCCAUCAAACCUUGGCUCUUUGUCUGUUCGUCUGCCUCUCUCUCGCUUGCCCCCUAAUUUUUCUUUUUAGAAAAGUUUUCUUCCUACAUUUAUAGAAAAAAAAUUUUUAUUUGUACCCCAAUUAAAUCCUGGCAUUAAAU